AUAAAAAACCUUCGACCACAAGGUUAGAAUUCUUAAUCUAUGGUGGAAAGAAAUAGUAUUGUGCCAUGGAAGAUGGCAGAGAUAGAAGGAGAGAGAUAACAGAGGAGAGAGAAAGUAGAGAGAAGAAGAAAGAUGCAAUGUGUAUUAUUUUCUGUUAACCAAAGUAAAGUAUCUUACAACCUAUUUAUGCUAACUAAUUACAUUCUAACUACUAACAACCUAUUACUUGUAUUAACAUACUAAGUCAAAUAUACUUUGACUAAACCAUGAACUCUUAACAAGGCACAAGCUAAGCCAUGCCACUAAUGUUUCCCUUACUUGUAAUUCUAUUUCUUACCCUAGUGUUUUUGCUUCUUACUAAGCACAGAAAAAAUAAUGAGGCUUUUCAUCCUCCCCCUGGACCUAAAGGAAUCCCCUUAAUAGGAAACCUACACCAAUUCGACGCCUUAAAACCUCACGUCUACUUAGCCAAGCUAGCCAAGACCUAUGGCUCAAUCUUAAGCUUGCGAUUCGGACGCGUACCAGUUGUUGUGGUUCAAUCAGCCAAGCUAGCCAAAGAGGUUCUCCAAACACAGGACCUCAACUUUUCUAAUAGACCACAAUUUGUUGGAUCCAAAAAGCUAAGCUAUAAUGGGUUAGACAUAGCUUUUUCCCAAUAUAAUGAGUAUUUUAGAGAAGUAAAGAAGAUUAGUGUAGUUCAUCUCCUUAACUCCAAAAGAGUGGAGUCUUUUGCCCCUAUUGGUCAAGAAGAAGUCUUAAGGAUGAUUAAAACUAUAUCCUCAUUGUCUUCUGCUUCAAAAAUUGUUGAUUUGAGUGAAUUGCUUAUGGUAUACUCAAGUUCGAAUAUAUGCAGGAUCGCUUUUGGCAAAAGGUACGAGGUAGCUGAAGGGUCAAGAAGCAGAUUUCAUACCCUACUAAAUGAUGCACAAGCCAUGUUUAUAGCCUUUUUCUUUGCUGAUUUUUUCCCUUUGGGUGGCUGCCUUGAUUGGCUAAGUGGAAACUCCUCGAGGCUUGAAAGAACGUUUAAGGAUUUGGAUGCAUUUUAUGAAGAAAUUAUCAGUGACCAUCUUCACCCAGACAGGUCUAAAUCUGAGCAAGAGGAUAUUAUUGACGUUCUACUCAACCUUAGGAAAGAACGCUCUUUUGAGCUCACUUUGGACCACAUCAAAGCAUUGUUGAUGAAUAUUUUUAUAGGAGGAACGGAUACAAGUUCAGUGAUGGUAGUUUGGGCAAUGACGGAGCUAGUGAAGAACCCUCAUGCAAUGAAGAAAGUACAAGAUGAGAUUAGGAAUGCAAUACAAAAUAAGGGUUUUGUAGAAAGAUAUGAUCUUCCAAAGUUUAAAUACUUUAAGGCAGUUGUGAAGGAAACAUUUAGAUUGCAUCCUGCAGCUCCGUUACUAGUUCCACAUGAAGCAGUAAAAAGGACCACAAUUUAUGGUUAUGAUAUUCUACCUAAAACAUUAGUUUAUAUCAAUGUAUGGGCUAUUGGAAGAGACCCUAAAUUAUGGAAAGAUCCAGAAAAGUUCAUGCCUGAAAGGUUUUUUGAAACUUCGAUAGAUUUCAAAGGAAAUGACUUUGAGCUACUUCCUUUUGGAGCUGGCAGAAGAAUGUGCCCAGGGUUAAAUCUUGGUAUUGUUAACAUGGAACUUGCACUUGCCAAUUUGUUAUACUCAUUUGAUUGGGAAAUACCUGAUGGUUUAGCAAUGGAAGAUAUUGACACCGAUGUGCUCCCCGGUAUAGCAAUGCAUAAGAAAAAUCCACUUUGUCUUGUUGCAAAAGAAAUUUAAUUUCAAAGUAUAACCGGCCACUUACUUCUUUAAAUUAUAAAAUUCUACAAAUGCAGCUGAUUUAGAUGGGUGAAGCUAAGGUGAGGUUGUAAAUAUUCACGUGAUAUCUUGUAUGAUAAUGCGUCUACAUAUUUGUCCUUAUUAUAGAUAUAGCAUAAUAUGUAUGUAUCAGCUUGUACCCAAAAAAAAUGUAUGUAUCAAUUCUAAAUAAGUGGUACCACACUUGGUCUUGUUGCUUGUCAAUAA